AUGUCGUUUUACCCACCUGCGGUGGUUGCGAUCGUGCUGAUCACUUUGCUGUCGACAGAGUACUCCAACGGCCAAAUCGCGUCCAAUAAUGAGUCCGUCGUGGAGUUAAAUGCUGGAGCAAGUACUCAGGAUGCCGGUAUUCCUGGAUCGUGGGUCUCUGAUCUUUUCUACCAAGCUUUGGCGAAUUUCACCGUGCGACAUGUAGGGAGCUCCGAGUGCCGCAAACAAGUCGAGAUUUACGACAACAGUUUACGGAAUUACACCAGUUGGGCCGUUAGAAUGUCCGAAUCCUGGAACCGUUAUCCCGUUGGUAUACUGUCAGGUAAUAGAUAUCAAAUGGGGGUCUACGAUGAAUGUGUCGAUGUGCAUCAUCCAAUAAGAGGACAGUAUUGUUUAUCUGAAAUAAAGCUAUUUCCACCAGAGGGAAAAAAUUAUGGUUUCAAUAGAACGGAAAAUCUAGACGAUUUUGGCAACAAUCAUGCUUGGAAAACAGUACUCGGGUGGGUGGAUUAUCCGGAUCAAGUUCAACGAAAUAGUUUAAAUUUAGGAAUCUGCAUUCCGAAUACUUGUACAGCAACAGAUCUUCAAACAUCAUUGCAAAACGAAUUGAACAAGGUGUUUUUACCACAGCAGUUCAAAACUGUUGUUAAAGUAAAUCCGCUCUUGUGUACUGUUAGUGGAGACAUGUAUCCUUACAAUACAGCAUAUUACGUGACCAACGUGAUUUUAGGAGUGCUAUUUUUAAUUUGUGGCGUUUCAACAGCUCAUCAUUAUAUAGCAUUAUCACGCCAGCAAGAUAAGAAAGAAGACGAAAGAGAAGUUCCAAAAUCAUGUUACUACAUAUUUUCUUUUAUUCAUUCGUUUAAAAUAUUAUUGAAAUUUGAUAAAGAAAACGAAUUGAAUAUGCUAAAUGGUUGGAAAGCGAUUUUGAUGUUUGUUAUUUUAAUGGGUCACAGAUUUAUGUAUUUAGUUGGAAAUCCAAUAAUUAAUCCUAAAUUCAUAGAAAAUAUUUACAUCAAUGGACGGCAGCUUUAUUUGACUAGUAUGAACUUAACUGAUCCUUUUUUUUUCAUAACUGGUUUUUUGAUAUAUUCAACAUUAAUACCGAUUUAUAAAAAAUCUGAAAAGGCAUCAGUCUUGGUACAACUUAUUAUGCCAAUUUUCUACAGAGUGGUCAGAAUAUUACCGGCUUAUUGUGCGAUGAUGGCGAUCACGGCGCAUAUCGUACCACACCUCGGAGACGGCCCACUAUGGCCUCAUAAAACCUGGGACGAAGCAGAUAUCUGUAAAAACUAUUGGUGGACCAAUAUGUUGUUCAUAAGUAAUUUAAUCGAUUCAAAGUAUGAAUGCCUCUUAGCCAGUUGGUACAUAUCGUGUGAUGUUCAGUUUUGCGUACUUGGAGUUAUUAUUGUUUACAUUUACACGAAGAACAUUAAAUUCGGGAUUGGAUUAUUAAUUGCAAUUAUUGGUAUAUCUAUAUCCGUGCCAUUCGUAAUCACGAUAUUGACAAAAAGAGAGGGCAUAAUUAAAAUACUUCUUCCAUUCUUAGAAAACACAAGAUAUUCCUCAACAUUUAAUGAGUCGUACAGAGCAAGUUACGUGCGAGCUUUUCCUUUUUUUACAGGUAUAGCAACAGGUAUAAUCAUUGAUAAAUUAAAGGAAAACAAAGUUAAAUUUUCACAAAUAACUGUCUACGCCGGAACGUUCACUAUUGCCGUAAUUUGUUUAUGGGUUCAAUUUUAUGGAGCUAUAUUUUAUAAGAGAGAUAGACCUUAUUAUCCAUUAGAACAAGCUCUAUACUCAACUUUAAAUCAUUGCACAUGGGCAAUAUUAUUUUCAUGGAUACUUGCUUGCCAUUUCACAAGUGGUUACGGUAAGUUGAAUAAUUUUGGUCACACACUCAUACAACAUAAGAUAAUUUGA